CAGGGUGCCAGCUUCUUUCCCGACUCUUCAGGCUUGUCUGACGAUUCCCAGUCUGGAGCCAGUCACAUGUGGCCAAAUAUGAUCCCUCCUCGUUAUUCUCCUCCUUAUUACCCACCCGACGAGAAGCCCCCGCCAUACAGCCCUUAAGGGGACCAGUCUGACCAAGACAUUUUCCUGUCGAGACGGAAGUGGCAGUGGGCAUUUUUUGAUAUUAGUGUUCAACGUCAUUCUCCUGAAUGCAGCGGAGGCUCACCCGAGCGGCAGGCUAAGUAUAGAGAGACCACAGCAUUAACCACAGGCAUUCGUCAUCAAAUACAGCAGAUGUAAUAUGCAACAUUAAUCCUUGACAAGAUUUGCUCAAGCCAACAAACCCGAUUGUGUAAAAUAUCCAUGAUAUAUAGCCUCAAUGCAAGAGGACGACGUGUAGUAACGGACUACGAGACUGUUCACAGAUAAGCCUUAAAACGUGCGUCCGCUUCCAGUACAGCUCCUGUUAUUGGUACCGUCUGUGGGUCUCCUACUUGUGAUUUCCUCCAUCACACGAACCUUUCUCCCUUCCAAAGUGGCACAAAAGUGUUUUGUCGUGGCCUCUGCUCUCUCGGCACGAGGAUGAGUCUCAUAUCUUAUAUCUUGCAAUUGAUUUGCACUUUAUUGUCUUCAGAAUCUACUGUAUUCACACAGUUCUAGAAAUUUUAGAGUUAUUUUUAACUGUUUCAGGCAGCUAGAUUGCAAAGAACUGUACAUACGUUUAGGCUGAAACUGAUUUUCUUUUCCUUCUCCUGAGCGCUUUGGUAGGAUCUACGAGCUCUCCCGUAACAUGUGCAUCACAAUCUUGUCACAGAUUCGUCUUCUGUGACAACAUCUUUGCUUGACUUACGCAAAGUAAUAACCUCCACGAGAGGAUUUUCGACUUGUACAUCUUGCAUUUAUCAGCAAUUUUGUGUCGUUUCUGUCUUAAAGUGACAGGACUUAUCGAAUGUAAAAAAGGAGGCUUAGCUUUAUUAGUAACCGUUAUGGAUUUUAACACUUAAUUGUUCAAUGCGUAAUAGUAAUAACACAACAUCUUUCCACGUUGCAAAUAUGAUAUCAAUGUGCAAUGCUGUACAUAUACUGAACAAUCAAACUGCCUUCUAGUAACACAACACAACUGAGUCUUAAGACUUGUAGUGUUUUCCUCUUUUGUCUGUUAGUGCGUUCACUGUGAAUGUCAAGUCACUGUACUUUUCGUGCUCGAUUUAUAUCAACAACAGUGUCCUUUACUGGAGUGAAGUAGAGAUUUUACAACAAAUUCAAUUGUUUGGAUGACUUCUGGAUGCAGCUGGUAAAAACCCUAGUCACAUGCUACUAGUAUAAUGAAAGAUCUUUCCCCUCGAUUGUUCGUUUUGGAGCAUUUUCAUGUGACAUUGUUUACCUUCAAUGUUGAAAAUCUUCAAAUGAAGACUGAUGUAGACUUUUUAUUUUUAGCUUCGUUAUCUUUUAUCCUGCGUCAUGCGGAAGCUGCACAUUGCAGAUUAUGUUCAUAUAAUAACAUUCGCUGACCGCUAUACAGAGACAGGAAUGCUCAUAACAUUGACUGGUCGUUAUCAUACGUUCAUGAUGCUCUUGGAAAUAAAAGAAAUACAUGUG